GACUGGGCAUACAUUAUUGCCUUUACCAGCCUCAACCUUCUCUUAUCGCUCGUUUGCAAUGCCCUUUUUGUGACACUGGUCUUCGCCUUGAGCGAGCUCGAAUGGACCGUGUUCCCAAGUGUUCUUUUGUGGAAUAGCAUCAUCUACGUGAGCAUGGACAGCCUGUACCUCAUGGUGGCUGCAGCGGCCAAAGACUCCAGCUCUGCGCAGAUUCUGCUAGCACCAUUCCUAAC